AACCGACUACAACAGGUGGAGGUCCAAUGUCCGAAAAUGCAGGUGCUUUCAUGUCUUUCUUCAACCAACCAUGUCAUAGCCGGACCUAUGGUGGUCCCACUCGUCGUUUUGGUUCUGCUCUUGGCGCUUCUCCUGCUCGUCUCGAGACUGGUAUGGAUCUGUCCAGCUGUACGCUCGCAGAAACCGACAAAACGGCAGAAGGAUGAGACUUGUUCCUUGGGUGUUUUCCUGGGGUCGGGCGGUCACACUGGAGAGAUGAAAAUCCUUUUAUCCUCUCUGGAUCUUGAGCGGUAUAAGCCCAGGCGAUACGUAGUCUGCCACGGUGAUCAGUUGAGCUUGGUUGCAAUCGCAAAUGUGGAAGGAACUCAACCGGAGACGCAGACCAGUGACUAUACAAUAUUGUCACUACCUCGUGCAAGACGAGUCGGUCAACCGCUAUUAUCAACCGCCAUGUCGACGUUCAAGACUAUCCUCGUAGCAUUGUGGCACACAUUCCUCUUACCAUUGCUUCAAAGGCCCGAAGAGCCUUGGGUCGAUCUGCUUUUGGUAAACGGUCCGGGAACAUGCGUGGUGCUCGUCUUGGUCACGUAUAUUCGUCGCUUCCUAGGUCUCUCAGCAUCUCGGAUCAUCUAUGUGGAGUCAUUCGCUCGAGUGAAUAGUCUAUCGUUAUCGGGCAAAUUGCUUCGGCCAUGGGUUGACACGUUCGUCGUUCAGUGGCCUGAUGCCGCUGGCAAAGGUGCAGCAGGCUUAUCGGGGAGAGUCAGACAUCGGGGCUGGCUGGUGUGAAGAUUGACAAUUAUAUUGGCGUAGUACAACUUGAUA